GUGUUCUUAAUUUCCGCCCACGGAUUCAGCCUUCAAUCGCCUGCUCUGGCGCGCAGUCCGCGGUGAAUCCAAAACCAAAGAAAACUAGGCGCAGCGUGGUGCGGCGCGGCCCCGUCAUGGAGGCGGUAGAGACGCAGGCGGAAGCUCGAGUUUUAGAGGUCCUGGCUGAAGUGGCAGACAUUGUGGAACCUAUAGGCUUACAGGAAGAGGCGGAGCUGCCAGCUCGGAUCCUGGCUGAGUUUUUGAGCAAUUCCCGAAAGAAAGACAAGCUGCUCUGCAGCCAACUUCAGGUAGUAUACUUCCUACAGAAUUUCCUGGCUCAGGAGGACAUUGCCCAGGACCUGGGCCCCUUGGCUUCUGAAGACUUGAGCCGACAGAAGGCAACUGAAGCCAAAGAACAAUGGAAAGAGCUGAAGGCUACCUAUCAAGAGCAUGUAGACGCCAUAACAAGCAUCACGACCCAGGCCCUGCCCCAGAUGGAGGAGGUCCAAAGGAAGCGUGUUCAGCUCCAGGAGGCCUUUGAGCAGCUCCAAGCCAAGAAGCAAGCAGUAAUGGAGAAAUUCAAAGCCUCCCAGAAGCAGCGGAAACUACAACAGGAGAAACAUCUGCAGAGUCUGGCAGAAGUCUCUGCAGGGCUGAAGGAACGUCAGAAGGGAAUUCAGCAGAAGCUUGAGCAGCUACAUCAGGAACUUGGAACCUUGAAAAAGCAGGCAGAAUGGGAACAGGAUAAACUGCAGAGGCACCAGACCUUCCUUCAGCUCCUGUAUACCCUGCAGGGUAAGCAGCUGGUCCCUGAGGCAGAGGCUGAGAGCAGAGCUACUACAGGAGCUACCCUUCCACAUGUAACUGCUUAAGGGUGUGGAAGAAAGGUGAACCCCUGGUGUGCCUUUUACUGCAUUUGAGCUCUGCUACCCAUUGAUGGGAUUGGAAGUGGGAAGAAGGAAAGAGAUGUUAUGGUGAAGCUUGGUACAUCAUCCCUAUGCCAGACCCAUCUGGUCUAACCCUCUCUCCAUCUUCCCCAGCAGAUUGGAUUAUGAAUGCUUGAGUACGGCCUGAUUUCUGACCGUGACCUAGGUUGAAGUCUGUCAAUUAAAAGUCCUGGCUAUCUCAGUUACCUGUUUGUUCAUCUUCACAGCUGAUAGAAAGAACUACAGAUUUUCAAAGGCUAAUAACAUGAUAGGUGCUGGGACAGGUGUGAACUAGAUCGUGUAGAUGGCCAGGGCCUUGAGUUUUUUGCCAAAAUCCACAUGAAGCAAACAUGCUGAGCUUAAUUCAAGGGGAAGACUAUUUACACAGGUGGAUAAAUUUGGGAAGAUAUUGUUUUUCAUUAACCCAAAUGUUUGUUGAGUUCCUGUGUUGUGCUAAGGACCCAUGAUGUGAACUGGAGGAGCUACAGUGAUGAGCUCAUUUAACUUUUUUAAGAAUGGCCUAAUUUUACAUUCCUGAUACCCCUUUGUGUGUUAUCUAAUACUUUCCUUGGUUACUCUUCAGAUGCUUGUUCAUUUUAUUACGUUGAAAGAUUGGUUUUUAUAGUCUGGCAUUGAAUGUUAUGUUUCAUUGACUUGUGGUUUCUGGAUCAUUUCCUCGCUUGUAACUUUGGGUGGAGAAUACUACUUUUGUAAAUUCUCAUUUUUAUCAGAUAAUAACUCUCAGUAUUUGUUUUCCCAAAUAAACACUUAAUAUUAUAAUUUCUUCCUCUAAGUUUUCACAAUCAUCCAAUUCAUGCCAUUUUAAAUUUUCUCUUUUUUUCUUCUUCCUGAAUUUCUUUGAAUAAUAAUUUUGAAGUUUUCUGCUAUAUCUUUGUGGGAAGAUAAUCUUCAUAAAUUCUGAUUUGGCUAGAGAAUGUUACCCGCAUAAUUAAAUUUGAAAACAGAA